UGAAUCUUCUGCUUUUCUCCCCGCAAGCUUGCUUAAAACUUCCUUGAGAUCAUGUCUUACUUUAGCCGGGGAUCUAGGCAGGUUUCCUCCUCUCGCUGUGGUGGAUCAUCUCUAAAGCUUUCUGGCUGCAGAGCACAUGCCUUGGGUGGAGGGUGCUUCAGCGCAGGGAGUUUUGGUGGUGGGGCAGCCUGGGGCACGGGGUCAGGAUGGGGCAGCCUGGGAGGUGGGGCUGGGGGCUGCUUCCAGAGCUACAGCUGUGGUGGCGCAGCCGGCAGCGAUGGUGGGCUUCUCUCGGGAGGGGAGAAAGAAACCAUGCAGAACCUGAACGACCGCUUGGCCUCCUACUUAUCCAAGGUGCGGGCUCUGGAGGAGGCCAACAGCGACCUGGAGCUCAAAAUCAAAACCUGGUAUGAGAAAUCAGCAUCCCACGCCGACGGAGGCCUCCGCGACUACAGCAAAUACCACAGCACUAUUGAGGACCUUCGAAAUAAGAUCAUUGCUGCGAGUGUCACAAACGCCAGCCUUAUCCUGCAGAUAGACAAUGCCAGGCUGGCAGCAGAUGACUUCAAAAUGAAGUAUGAAAACGAGGUGUUCCUCCGCCAGAGCGUUGAGGCAGACAUCAAUGGCCUGCGCAAAGUCCUUGAUGAACUGACUCUGUCCAGGAGCGACCUAGAAAUGCAGAUUGAGACCCUGACUGAAGAGCUGGCUUACCUCAAGAAGAACCAUGAAGAGGAAAUGAAAAGUUUGCAAGGCGCAACCUCCGGGAACGUCAACGUUGAAAUGAACGCUGCCCCAGGAAUCGACCUAACUACCCUCUUGAACAAGAUGAGGGCAGAGUAUGAGGCUCUGGCAGAGCAGAAUCGCAAGGAUGCUGAGACCUGGUUCGCCGAAAAGAGCAAGGAACUGAACGUGAUGAUCAACGUGAGUGCCAAGGAGACCAGCACCAACAAGAAUGAGAUCACAGAUUUGAAACGCACCCUUCAGGCUUUGGAGAUAGACCUGACAUCUCAACUUGCGUUGAGGCAAUCGCUGGAAGCCACCUUGGCGGAGACAGAAGGCCGCUACUGUGCCCAGAUCUCCCAGAUGCAAGGGCUGAUUGGCAAUGUGGAGACCCAAGUACAACAAAUCAGGGAGGACAUGGAAUGCCAAAAUGCAGACUACAGGCAGCUGCUGGAUAUCAAGAUCCGCCUUGAGAAUGAGAUUGAGACUUACCGGCAUCUGAUCGAUGGAGAAGUAAGUGCAUCUGGACACGGAGGUAGCAAAGAUCUGGGAUCAAAAAAUGUGGGGUCUGCAACAGCUGCAGGAUUAAGAGGCUCAGAAUCUAGUGCAAGAGGCACUGGGUCUGGCACAGACUCCAGUGGCAGAGGAACUGCCGGUGGGAACACGCAAUCUGCAUCCAAAGAAAAAGAAUCAAAGAAAACGAGAGUGAUCAAAACCAUCAUUGAAGAAUUAGACGAGCACGGGCGAGUAACUUCCUCCAAGGUUCAGUCUGUUAAAGAAAGCACGGUUAUAUAAACAUCAAGAUUUUAUCCAGAAACACUUUUCUGCUUCUGGAAAUGCUGCAGCGCAAGAAGAAUGAGUGUCAUCUUUCACAUUAAUGUGCCAACAUACUGAGAAGCCAACGAAAAUAUUUCCUUUCCUUAAUUAGCAAUCUGUUUAGAUAAUUCUCAUUGCUCUCCUUAGAAUUCUCUUACAAUAAAAAAGGUUCUCUUCUCUAAAGUUAAAUACAGCUUC